AUUCUGCCCACGACGUCGAUCAGACUUCCCGUCUGCUCUGAGGGUGCCGCUGCAGGGUCCUGCUUGGUGCUGUCCUAAAGGUCUGACUGGCGACAAUGGCCUUCUCCAACACCAAUCGACCAUGGUGGCGUCACAAGCCGCCCCGGGGAUGCGGAGUCGUUACGGCUGCCAGGCCCGAGUCCCUCUGUCACGACACGCCACAGCACCGGGGGUGAACAGAUGGUAUCGUGCUGCAGCAUGCCCAUCCACACGGAUCAGCCCACUCGCUUCUUCGCCGAGUACCGACCCUGCACCGGCUGGAAAGUUCGGACUGGGAACCGGGUCCGCGUUCGGACGAGGAGCAGGGCGGCUACUCAGCCGCCGCUGUGCCAGCCUCUACACACACGCCAGCGGACAUGUGGCGCUGAAGGGCGAGUAGGUUGGCGAGACGGAGCGGUCCUUUCCUUGGUUUUACCCUGUCGAUGGGGUUGAAUCCUUCCGGCCGCUAAGAAGACAACGGUCGAGAUGACCACUCAGAUUUUCUCUAGACGUUUCUCCUUGCUGCGGUUUUGCCGCGCUCUGAUAACCCCGCUUCCUUCCAGAAUCACUCCCUUCUUGCAAUCUAGGGCGUGGUCUGCCUCUCGGCACUGGUCUGCCUUCCACGGGGUCUGGAAAGGACACGCAGGGUCUCGUCGCUGGCCGUUGGGCAGGCUGAGGUUGAUUGGAGUGUCCGGGACCUGAACAUCCGAAAUACAGAUCGAGUUAUGAUGAGCAAUAGGUUCUCUCGGAGC